AUGACAAAAUAUCUAAUUAGGUCGAGAUUGUUAUCGUUAACUAUUCAUAAAUAUAAUUAUAGUACAGCUACUAAAUCAGUUUCUUCAAUUCAAAUUAAUAAUAAGGAAUAUCCUAGCGAUGACUACACAAAUGUUACCCCAAAAAUAUUAAGUUAUUUAAACAAAAAUUUGCAUUUGCAAAGAGGACAUCCACUAUGCAUAGUUCGACAACGAAUUGUAAACUAUUUCUACUCGUCUUUUACUCAUGGAGGUAAUCCCACAUUCAGUGUGUACGACAACUUAUCGCCUAUCGUUUCUACCAAACAGAAUUUUGAUGACUUGUUAAUUCCAUUAGACCAUGUUAGUAGAGUAAAGUCAGACUGCUAUUACAUAAACAAUUCUUUACUGUUACGAGCUCAUAUGACUGCCCAUCAAAGUGAGCUACUUAGAGCUGGGUUAGAUAACUUUCUUAUGAUAGGAGAUGUAUACAGAAGAGAUGAAAUUGAUUCAACACACUAUCCAGUUUUUCAUCAGGUUGAUGCUGUAAGAUCCCAACGGAAAGAACAAUUAUUUAAAAAUCACCCAGGUCUAGAGAUAUUUGAAAAAGCUUUCUUAGAUAACCCACUGUCCUUUCGAAAUAGUAUUAUUGAUCCAUCUAAGCAAAGUUGUCAUACAUUAGAAGCCACAAAGUUAAUGGAAAAUCAAUUAAAAACUCAUCUACUAAGCCUUGUUAAAGUAUUAUUUGGUGAUGAUAUUAGGCAUAGAUGGGUAGAUGCUUAUUUUCCUUUCACGCACCCUUCAUGGGAAAUGGAAAUAUUCUAUGAAAAUAAGUGGAUGGAGGUCUUAGGAUGUGGUAUAGUUAGAAAUGAAAUCAUGUCAAAUGCUGGUCCAAAUAACAGCAUUGCAUAUGCUUUUGGCUUGGGCUUGGAACGUCUUGUUAUGGCUCUAUAUAAAAUACCUGACAUUCGUCUUGUGUGGAGCACUGACUCAGGUUUCUUAACACAAUUUGAAAAUAAAGAUUUGCACACUAAAAUUAUAUAUAAACCAGUGUCUAAUUACCCGCAAUGUACAAAUGAUUUAUCUUUUUGGUUACCACCUGCAUAUACAAUAGACAAUUUUAUAAGUAAUGAUUUUUAUGACUUAGUAAGAGAUGUUGGAGGAGAUAUUAUCGAACAGGUUAAGCUGAAGGACAAAUUUGUUCAUCCAAAGACAAAAAAGCAUAGUCUUUGCUACUCUAUAGUUUAUAGACAUCUAGAGAGGACACUAACACAAGCAGAAGUCAAUAGAGUUCAUAGAAAAAUUGAAGAGGCAGCAACUGAGUCACUUGGUGUUACUAUUAGAUAA